UCAUACAAGUCAUCAAGCCUUUUGUGUUUCAAGAUUACUUUUGUGUUUCAAGAUUACUGCCAAAAAACUAUUAUCAUGGAUCCAGUUUUUGGCGAGCAAGAAGCAGAAGGAAAUAAUUUGUCAAUUGAAAUAUCAUCAAUUGAAUGUUUAAGGAGAAAGAAACUUCUUGUGCUUGAUUUGAACGGUCUCCUUGCUGAUAUUGUAUUUCCACCACCAUGUCAUUCCAAACCAGACACCAUUAUUGAAAGAAAAGCAAUAUUCACGAGACCUUUUUAUCAAGAAUUUCUCAAGUUCUGCUUUGAGAAAUUUGACGUGGCUGUGUGGUCUUCAAGAACAAAGAAAAAUGUCGACAGUAUCGUUGAUUAUUUGUUUGGAGACAUGAAACAAAAGCUGAUUUUUUGUUGGGACAUGUCACAUUGUACUGACACAGGUUUCAAAACUCCUGAAAACAUGUACAAGCCAAUUGUUUUUAAGGAUUUGAGGAAAAUUUGGCUUAACUACUAUCCUAAUCUUCCUUGGGAGAGAGGAUAUUACAAUAUGUCAAACACAUUGCUUUUGGAUGAUUCUCCCUACAAGGCACUGCUUAAUUAUGAACAAAAUUCAAUCUUCCCAAAUACUUUCAGUUAUUUGAAUCAGAAUGACAAUUCAUUAGCUGUCGGAGGCAAUCUACGUCGAUAUCUAGAUGGAUUGGCAAAUGCUGAAAAUAUGGUGGAAUAUGUUGAGCAUCAUCCAUUUGGUCGAGAACAUAUCAAUGAACAUAGUGAAUAUUGGAAUUUCUACGUCCAUGUUGUCUUAAUACUUUUAUUGUAUGCGCCAGAAAAGGUUUAUCCUUCGAUUGAAUUAACAUCAAUAUAGUUUGUCUGAUGGGCUAAACAACUAUAGAACUGUGUAU